AUGCCCAACUCAAAACCCGAACGUGGAGCCAGGGGUCGAUAUGCGCGCUUGCUUUGCCAAGGGUGCAGGUCUAGGAAGAUCAAAUGCAAUCUGCCAGACAUAAACGAGCUGGGUCCUCUCGGAUCUCCACAAACUCCGGAAAAGUCCUGCGAGCGGUGCCGUACCCUCGGUCUAGAAUGCGUCGUUGAGCGUUCGACUUUGGGCCGUCCCUCCUUCAGGCGCAGUGAAAGCGAGACUCGGAAAUUAAGCUAUGCCCACUCUCAUGCAGCUGCGCAAAAGAAAGAACUCGACUCCCCAGUAAACUCUCAGAUCAAGGACCACUGGGCCGCAGAGUCGACGGCAAGUCCAGGGACCACUCAAGACAUACGUGCGGUGGCCGACAAGACCGUGUUUGAUUCUGUGAUUGAAAUUCAAAACUUCUUUGCCUCGGCCCUAGGCAAAGACCGGAUAUUUGGCGCGACAAUUCCCCGAAGUUCGUCAGGCUGCAUGACUCCUCUGGUGGACCUGGUGAGCCAAGAGUGUGCGAGCAGUCUCGACAAGGACCUAGCUUGGUAUAGGUUCUUUAUUCCUAGUCUGCCAAGCUUAGUAGACAUAAGACGUCGCCUCAAGUCCGACGGCGAACCCAAUAUAGCUACCAAUUUGCUCUUUGCAUUGCUUUGUCUCAUCUCAUGCGAUACAACACGGAAGGUCGACCGACUGCAUCCACGUUUGAAGUGGAACCUCCAGCUUGCUAUUUCGUCCCAUGGCCAGGAGUUUAUCUUCUCUCCUCCAACUCACUAUGACUCUGUUGUAGCCUGUCUUCUCUUAGCUGAUUACAGACCGACCGCGGUGGGGACAUCUCAACAUACCGCGCACAGAGCGAUCAAGUCGACCCUAUAUCUCAACAUCGCGUUCAAAAUCGCCGAAAAACUAGAAAUGCUGCCUUCGCAACGCAAUCUGAGCUUUGCAGACAUACCGGUGAUGAGCAAUGAGGAAUUCGAACGACAAAUCACGCACUCUCUACAGGGAAUGAAAAUCUUCAGCCAGGAUAUCAUUCUCGACGGAAUAUUGUCACGGCCCGUUCAUCUACUACAAGAAUCCCUAGAUCGCAUGGCACCGCACAUCCAUGUUUAUCAAAAUGUCUUCAUGCAUCGUCCAUGCUCGCCCAGAAUUGUUUUUCAAAUCCAGUGGGCUACAGCCGGCUAUAUGCUUCUAGACUCUGUCAAAACAAUAAAACAGACCUGGACCAAUCCGCAAAGAUUAUACCAUGUCGUCGAAGAGAUCGAAAAAAAGUGUCUUGACCAGAUCAGAUUCUGCGACUGGGCACUGUCAAAUACCACCCUGUCAGGGUCACCUGAGGAGAUAUCAGCGGCUCGCUCGUUGCUCGAAUACCGAUUCCACGCAGUUAUCGGACGAAUACACGGGAUCGCGCUUCUGCACAUCAUCCUCCUUCGAUCCAGAACCUCAAGCAACAGUUCUUCCGGGGAUAGUGAAAUAAACACUCAGGACGCUAAUCAGCUGGGCGCCAAAUUCUCCGACGCAAUGACUAAUAGUUCCGAUGAUCUCGGUCUACAGAUUGUGACGUUCCUCUCGCGCUUUGCGCGCCCCUUCCCUGAUCGACUACUCGCGCUGCUGGAAAUGUUCAUCAAAUGCACGGAUUUAACACUGGAUGGUAUACCAUUCCAAGCUCCCUUCCGGGACAUCGUUCUCGAUAUCCUCGUUUUCUCCAGAUCCAUUGUCGAGAAUAAUAGCAUCACUGUGAGACACAUACAUGGGGGGAUGAAUACAUCUGCCGACCAACAAGUCAGUGCUAUUGCAGAGUGCGCUAAGCGGCUUGGGAAGAUGGUCUUCUCGCCUGGGAAGUCGAUCGAGGCUGCUUUCGCGGGUGGCUGCGUGUUUGCAGCUAGUAUCAAAGUCAUGAUGGCGUUUCUUGAUAUCAUGAGGGAUUUGAAGAAGGACAGCGACCUUGGAAAGCCGCCUACUGUGUCCGAUACCUCGGCAGAGGGGCCAAGUGUGAGCUCUUUUGAAGAUACGUCCACUGAUUUAGGGGAUCUGUGGUCUAUGGAGCCAAUACCGAAUUCUUUGGACGCGGGAGAUUUCGUUUUUGAUUGGUCGGCAAUAAUGGGGUUUGAUGAUGCUCUGAUAAAGAAUGAUUUGAAUUUGGAUUUUGGUUCUGCUUCCGGUUAA